CUAAAUAUGAUUGGUUGAACAAUUUCUAUCGGAAUCAGACGAAGCGCACUCGGGUGUUUCCGGCAUUUAACCAAAAAAAUCUGGUUAGCAGACAGCUCAAAGUUAUACGGACAGUCAUUGACUAUACUGUACAUGUAUUGAGUACACAGGAGCAGCCAUACACACAAACAUGGAAGAUUCAGAGGAUAUCAAGAAAAUGCUGCAGAUGAGUGCUAGUAGUAAGAAGCAAUCCUAUAGCCCUUACAGUAAAUUCCGAGUAGGAGCAGCUCUCCUAUGUGAGGACGGAACCAUCAUUACAGGCUGUAAUGUGGAAAAUGCUUCGUAUGGAUUGAGUAUAUGUGCAGAGAGGACAGCACUUGUCAAGGCCGUUUCCAUGGGCCAUAGGUCAUUCAAGGCUAUUGCUAUUUCAAGUGACCUGAAGUCGUCCUUCAUCGUCCCAUGUGGUGCCUGUCGGCAGUUCCUACUGGAGUUUGGGAAGAACUGGGAUGUUUAUAUGACCAAACCUGACAAUACCUACAAGGUGAUGAAGACAGGAGAGCUGUUGCCAUUAGGUUUUGCUCCUGAGGCUCUAGAGGAGGAGCGGAUCAGCCAAACAGCUUAAAUAUGGUGCUUUACCCUGAGGGUCCAGACCCUCAAUUUAAUGUGGAAAGUUGGAGCCAAACAUGGUGAUUCAGUGUCUACAGAAUAUCUUUCCUUGUAGUCAGAAUUAUAAAAAAAAUAAAAUCAUAUUUAGGAACCAUGAGCUAGUAUGUCAAACCAUUUGAUAAAAAACUCUUGUUAUAAUGAUCAAAAUAUAUUCUGUCUUAAUUGUUAUAUAACUUUUAGGUAGUUGACACCAGUUUGGCAUGUUGGAUUGGUUUGUUUGUUUGCUGGAUUUAUUGCCCUGUGAACAGACAUGGUCAUUUUGAGGAUUGGGCUCCUUGUAGUAGUUUGUGACUACCAAACUGAACAUGUAAAGUGUCUUGCCCAUGGACACGACCAUGACAGCACCAACUGGUCCAUUUCUCAGAUUUCUGAGUAACAAAACGACUUUGGUAGGGAGUGAUGAACCAUGCACCUCCGAUCUUUACCAGAGGUUACGUGGCCGGCACUCUAAUGGACUGCAUGAGCUACAACGGUCCCUGUUGAAUGGCUUAAAGUUGUUAAUAUUAGAACUACUGCCUAAUAUACCUAUCCACUUUUUACCAGUUGCUAUACUGCCUGAUCGUUUAUUAAAGGUCGAAAAGUUUACAAAUACAUACAGUAGCUGAUGGACAAAUCACAACAGUAGCUAGUGAAUCUCAUUUGAGUUGUCGACUCAGGCAACCUAAAAAUCAGAAUUUAAUACAGCAUUUACAUUUUUAAAUUGGGGCAUAUGAUUCUUUUCUCGUUUCCUCAUGCAUGCAGUUGAUUACAAAAAAAAGAAUCAUAUACAAAAAAACUUUCAUAUAUAUACAUGAAUAUAUAAUGUAUAAUAAGUACCGUGAACCUGAAUAUUUCAAGGGGUUUUGUGAUUAUAAUCCAGAGGUUUUGCAAGGAUGAUUUUUACAUUACAUUUGAAUGUAUAAGUUUUGACUGCGAUAUAUAUUAUAAAGAACCAUUGUGAUUGAUUAAUGUACCAGUAUUUUGUACACAGAUUCAUGCACACAUUCAGUGAGCUGUUUUUAAUUUGAUUCACUGAUAUACCAAUAUAUUUACCAAGAGAUCGUAGGGGCACAGGGGGCCGCAGUGGACGAGUGGUUAAUGUGUCCCGACACUUUAUCACUAGCCCUCCAUCUCUGGGUUUGGGGUUUCGAAACCCAGGUGGGGCAGUUCUCCGGGUACUCCGGCUGUCCUCCACCUCUAAAACCUAGGCAUGUCCUUGAAUGACCCUGGCUAUUAAUAGGAUGUUAAACAAAAUAAACCAAAUAGUCACAGGGGGUCCAACCAAUUCACUUAUUGAGACGUGGAAAGAUAUGGGAGUCAACGCUUGGUUUUCUCCACAGGGGCCUGACAUGUUCCUAUGGGCCAGGCUGCAAAAUCUAUGCACCGGAUUGACAAUAAGUGAUCUAGGGUUUGGACCAUAGUGUUAAUUUUGUAUUCUGGGUCAUAUGUAUUUGUCAAGCUCCUGUGGUUUUAUCUUGGUCCUCUGCUUUUAUUUCAUUGGUUGAUCUAACCUCUGCUUUUAUUUCAUUGGUUGAUCUAAUGGAACACAAAAUUCCCUACUAAAAAUGUUCAGGUUUGCUGUAUGGAAAUUAAGCUAUUUUACUUUUGUUUGAAUAAGUGUGAAAUAUUAAUCUUGACAAUAUACAAAUAUUUCAUAAAUUCUGCAGGUGUUAGUCUUAAUUUUAAGUUCCCUACUGAUGAAACUAGAGAAAUUUAGGUUUCCUACCUGUCUGUCUUUCAGUCCGUCCACUCAGUUUUCCGCAAAUUUGUCAGCCAUGCUUCAAGGUAUGUUGGUGAAAGUCGGUAUAAAACUUCAGUACGAGUAGCUACAGAUAAAGUUCAAGUUUUAUGGUUUUUGGGUCAAGGUCACUGUUACUAUUUUUAGCGAGGGCAGUAGGGGACAUGUAUUGCUUUAGCAAUAUCCAGCAUACUUGUUUAUUAUACAUUUGUUGGUAAUAUUUUAUUAAUUAAUGAAAAAAUUACCUCAUGAUAUAUAUCAGGUGAAAAAAACAGAGAUGCAUAUACAUAAUGUACACAGAAUAUUUUGUAGAUAAACAGAUAUUUGUAUUGGAGUGAUUUCUGAAGAUUUAUUAUCAUAGAUAUUUGUUGGAUAAUGUAAUUAUGUGUUCAUGUGUUGAAAUACACACUACUUAGCUGAAUGCACUGCUUGUUGAAUUACAAAUAUUGUAAUCAAAUUAUCAUGUGUUGAAUUAUACAUUAUUUGAUUGAAUACAUUGUGUUGGUUUACACAUCAUGUAGUUGAAUGUACUGUGUUGAACUACACAUUACAUAUCAUUUAUAUUCUAGUUUUACCAUGUUUUGUAUUUAUAUCUUAGUGACAGCUAUUUUACAUGUCUGAGUUAUAUCUUAUAUAUGAGCAUGUCUUAACAGCAGAGACUUACUGUAUAGUUGUUAAAUUUCAUGGGGCGAAUAUUUUGCAGUUAUCCAAAUCAAAACUAGUUCAUGGUAUUAAAUUUCAUGCAACAGCACCUUGUUAACAUUCUGCAGUAAACACUUACCGGGUACAGUAACAAUUAUUCUCCAUCCUCAAAGUCCAAGGGUUCAGUUCUUUUUACCUUUGUAACCCUGUACUGGAGCCCCUAAUCUAUUCCCUUUCACAGAUACUCAUAGGCACCAAGUAAGUAUCAAUUAUUCUCCAUCUCCAAAGUUCAAGGGUUCAGAGCUCUUUACCUUUGUAACCCUGUACUGGAGCCCCUCAUAUAUCCCCUUACACAGACACUCAUAGGCACCAAGUAAUAUAAGUAUCAAUUAUUCUCCAUCUCCAAAGUUCAAGGGUUCUAUCUCUAUAUGCCUUCAUUAUCCUGGAAUUCUGUAAUUUACUGCCUCAGCUGAAGAGAACUUCACUUUUGAUCGAUUGGUUGAGAGUAAGACUGUAGGGACUAAGGGUUCUCUCUUAGAAUAAGUCCUAACAAAAUCAAAAGCUUUAUAAAUAAUAGCUUGCUGAUGUUGACAAUAAGUUUACUUCAUAGCUUUGAUCUUUUUUAUAAAAAAAAAACAAAAAAAAAACAGAAGGAAUAAAAUGUCAGCAUAAUAACCACUUUGAUUUAAAUGAAGUUGUCUUUCAUGAUCAAAGUUCUAGAUAAAGAAAAAAAACCAACAAUUAGCCUAUAGAUUAAGAUAACGUCUUUAUGCCUGUAACAUCCGCCAAUCUUAUUUUUUUGAGUAUUUAUUUUCAUGCGAAAUUUAAUGAUUGCAAAUACAGCAAAAUGAAAUCCACCAUGAACAUUACCAGCUAUACAGUAUAUAUAUUAUACGUAGAUGUUAGUAUUUUUCAAUCACUACCCGUAUAAUUAUUUUGUGCCUGAACACAGAUGGAGCUUGUAUCAAUAUAUUUUCAGGUGUGUAAUAUAGUAUUGUCACACUGAAAUCACCUGUCAAUUUUACAUUUACAUGGAGUAUUUAUAUUCAGCAAAUAAACUUUUUUCAUGUAUG